AUGCACUAGACACCAUUCUGCCUCAGAGUUGGACACCUUCACCCCUACUCCAUGUCAGAUUCCAACACAACCGACUUAACAAACCCCUCCACCUUCAUCCUGAUGGGCAUUCCUGGCCUGGAGGCAGCCCAUGUCUGGAUAUCCAUCCCCUUCUGUGUCAUCUAUCUCAUAGCCAUCUUGGGGAACUUCACCAUCCUGUUCAUCGUGAAGAGGGAGCAGAGCCUCCAUGGACCCAUGUACUAUUUCCUCUGCAUGCUGGCCUUCAGUGACCUGGUCCUCUCCACAUCCACCCUCCCCAAAAUGCUGAGCAUCUUCUGGUUCAAUUCCAGGGAAUUAGAUUUCAGUGCCUGCCUCACCCAGAUGUACUUCAUUCACUGCUUCUCAACAAUGGAGUCUGGGAUCUUAGUGGCCAUGGCUUUUGAUCGCUAUGUGUCCAUCUGCAAUCCCCUGAGAUAUUCCACCAUCCUGACAAGCCCUGUUGUGGCCAAGAUGGGCCUGGCCAUUGUGCUGCGCAGCGGCAUACUUGUAUUGCCCUAUCCCUUCCUGGUGAGGCAGUGGCCAUAUUGCAGAACCAACAUCAUCCCCCACUCAUACUGCGAGCACAUAGCUGUGGUGAAACUGGCUUGCGCCGACACCCGCAUCAGUAGUUACUAUGGCCUCUUUGUGCUAUUCUCUGUGAUUGGUCUGGAUGUGUUUUUUAUCACAGUGUCCUAUACUCAGAUCAUCAGGGCCAUCUUGUGCCUGCCCACAAAGGAUGCCCGGCUCAAGACUUUUGGGACUUGCAGCUCCCACUUUUGUGCCAUCUUAGCUUUGUACAUCCCAGAUUUCUUCUCCUCCCUCACGCACCGGUUUGGCCACAAUGUUCCCCCGCAUAUUCUCGUUCUCAUUGCCAAUGUGUACCUUCUGGUGCCCCCCAUGCUACACCCCAUCAUCUAUGGGGUGAGGACCAAACAGAUCCGGGACAGGCUGCUCCGGCUCUUUACUCAUAAAGGGACCUAA